CUUCCCUCCCCCGAGAUACGUGUGAUUUUCUCUGUAGAUUCUAAUUUGUGUUCAUUCCUGUUCUUGUAUAGAGGAAUUCGCCACUUCUAGCGAGAAAAUGAAUUUUAACGGAGCCACCAACAAGGUUGUCCUGGAACGGUAUUUAAAACUCCAACAACCCAAGGACAAAGUGCAAUGCAUGUACGUUUGGAUUGAUGGUAGUGGCGAGCAUCUCCGUGCCAAAUCUAGGACCGUCGAUUUCGUUCCCAAAACCCCCAAAGAACUUCCCAUUUGGAAUUUCGAUGGCAGCUCUACUGGACAAGCCGAUGGCUGCAAUUCCGAUGUCUACCUCUAUCCCGUCGCCCUAUACAGGGAUCCCUUCCGCCUUGGGGACAAUAAGUUGGUAUUGUGUGAGACUUACAAGUACAACAAGAAACCCACGGAAACAAACCACCGAAUGGCUUGCAACGAACUUAUGGAGAGGGUAAAGGAUCAGAAGCCCUGGUUUGGUAUUGAACAAGAGUAUACUCUCCUUGACCAAGAUCAACAUCCGUUUGGUUGGCCAAAGAACGGCUUCCCCGGACCCCAGGGACCCUAUUACUGUGGCGUUGGAGCUAACCGAGUCUAUGGUCGUGACAUUGUUGAGGCUCAUUAUCGCACUUGCUUGUACUCGGGCGUGAACAUCUCGGGGACUAAUGCCGAGGUCAUGCCCGCCCAAUGGGAGUUCCAAGUGGGACCCUGUGAGGGUAUCGAAAUGGGUGAUGACUUGUGGAUGGCUCGAUUCUUGAUCCAUCGAGUGGCUGAAGAAUUCGGCGUCGUCGUUUCAAUGGACCCCAAGCCUAUGCAGGGUGACUGGAACGGAGCCGGUGCGCAUACCAACUUCUCAACCUUGAAGAUGAGGGAGGAGAACGGUCUCACUGAAAUCGAGAAAGCCAUUGACAAGCUGUCGAGACAUCACAUCAGACAUAUCAAGGCUUAUGAUCCCAAUGAAGGCAAGGACAAUGAGCGUCGUUUGACCGGUCUUCAUGAAACCUCGUCGAUUCACGAUUUCUCGGCUGGCGUUGCCAACCGUGGUUGCUCCAUUCGAAUUCCUCGUGGUUGUGCUGAGGAGCGCAAGGGAUAUUUGGAGGACCGUAGGCCCUCAUCCAAUUGCGAUCCCUACCAGGUGACUGGUGUCAUGGUCAAGACUUGUUGCCUGGACGAAUAGAAUCCGUAACUUCCGGAACAACCACUCAUUCUUUGUUCCUCAACUAUUGCACAGCCCAAGAACGCGAAUGAAAUGCCUCGACUAUUUCUUCAGCCCCACACACGCCCAUACACACCUACAUACAUUCACCCACGCCCAAAACGCAAUCGCCGCACACACCUUUUUUGUGCCACUAAAUCAACAACGCACACGCAAGAGUUUAAGAACAGAAUUCAGUUUGGAUUUUGAUCUUAAAGCGCUCCGAUUGACCAAGUCGACUCGAGACACUGAGAUGCAUAAUCUUCGAGUUUGCCGUUGAUCCUUGCAUUUACUCUCCUCAAUCUACUGUUCUUCCGAAUGAGGUUGAACCUGCCUCAAUCUUUUCCUAACCCUCGUGUAUCAUGAUGAAAAUUAAACAAUCAAAAAAAAUCUUCGUGACAUAGAUGUUGAAACUGUUUGCCAACUUCAUGCCUAAAUAUGACCCCAAUAGUGAUAUAAUAGUACAUGAAUGUGUUUAAUAAAAAAAUGAAACAAA